GAGGCAGGUUAGUGCUUGCAGGCGCUUUUCACAACUGGUUUCGCACGGCGGCAUCGCUGCGGAACCGCGUGUGCGCUGCGCGUCUCACUCCCGCCCCCCUCCCCCCUCUCCCCGCGCCUCCCCCCCUCCCUCCUCCGUGCAUCACCGUCUAUAUUUAGCCGCAAAUGGCUUUAUCGGCCAGACACCUCCCGGAGGAAAUGCCGUGCGCGCUCCGGCUGCCGAGCCCCGAUCCGCGCCCCGCCGCGCAGCGCGGCGGGGGCAGCCGGGGGGGCUGCGGCGCCCCGAGACGCGCCGACGGUGGCCCGGUGGGUGACGGGCGGGGAGGACGAGUACGAGGAGGAGGGAGGGAGGAAAAGAGAGACGUGUCCUCGGUUUCCUCCGUGCGCUGGGGCGCUCAGUCUGCCGUCGAGGUUGCAUAACGGGACCGGCUGCGCCCUCCCCCGCGGAAGCUGAGUAUAAAUAGGUGCGGUGCCCCCCACGCCCCCGCCGCCGUCGUUGCAGCGCGGAGGGCUCGAGGAGCUGCCGGCGUUUGGCCGAGCCGCUGAAGUCCCCUGCGAGCCAGCAUCCCCGACGGGCUGCUGCCUGCGGGGAAAAAGAGGGGGGAGAGGGAUGGGGUGUGCGAAGAGUUAAGAGUCUGCUGCUUGUUACAAUGAAAUUAUGGCUGGCAGUGGCGCCGUUUCUCGUUCAGCAGACCUCCACUUUUAAACAGUUCACAAGAAGUUCAUCAGGGAGGCGAUGAUUAUAACUGCACACAUGCGCACCCAGGGCGGGCAGUGACAAGGGGUGGCUUUGGGGAAGGGACUGGCAGCCGUCGAGGGCGCGGGCUCUGACCAGUGCCCAGUGGCCCCCAGGGCAUCCCACCACGUCCCUGCGACCUGAUGGGCUUUGCCCUUGCUUGGGUGGUGGGACAUGGAGCCUCCAGAUUACCCGUUGUGGCUGGGGAAGCUCUCGGCCCCCUGUGCAACUUCAGCCUUUCGCUAUCUGCACGUGUCAGGGGAUUGAUGGGCUCUAAUUCAGGCACUGCGCCUUAUCUUAAUGAUACACUUCCACCGAGGAAACCAGGCCGGGCACAGGCGGCCUCUCCGAGGAGAACGGGGCACAGGGAGCAGGACCAUGUGCCACCGAGGCCCUUCUCGGAGCUGGUGUCGGUCCCUCACAGAUAAGGCAGCACAUGGGGUGGCUACUAACCUUACGUAAAACCCUAAAUCACUCUCUCCAUGCUGCUGCUGCCUCUAUUGAAAACAUUACGAGCGGCGCAUCUGGAAACCAGUAAAUCUGUCCAGAAAACGUCUUUCCAGUGAAAUAGCUCCUUUUGAAUGAUAGUGCGCUAUCUAACCUCCACGGAUUUUUGUUUCCUCACAGCAAUUUGUGCGGACUUCAUUAGGGAAAGCUAACCGUUGUGGAGAGAGGAGGGUCAACAUGCCAUUUCAUUAAUAUACAUUUGUUCCAGACGUGGAGUUUUGCACAAAAGGCCUCUCUGAAGAGAGAAAAAAGUGUUGGGGAACAAGGCUUUCCUGCCGUUUCAGUUCUUAAACCCCUCUGAACCGCGCGUGAAGUAUUGUGUUAAAGGCCCAAUCUGGGCUUCUUCCCCAUUAAAUGCCAAAGUGAUCAUUUGCAUAUUUUGUAGUCUGACAAAGGAUAUGAGUUUGCUGGGGAAGCAUGGAUGCUUUGGGAGACGUUAAGCAUUAAACUCCCAGUGGUCAAUCACCCGUUACUGGUUUGUGUGUGUGUGUGUAAAAGGAGUAUCAUGCCUCCUGCUUAAAGGCUUCUAUUUUUGUGAGAGAGGAAGAGCUGAGGGAUAUCCUGUGCAUUAAAGGCUCCCCCUACUUAUUAACCCAGCAUUUAGCAGCAGGAUGCAGGCUGAAGCUCAGUCAAAAGAAACGACUCAACCUCCGAAGAGCAAUUAAAAUCUUGCACUGGAAUAAAUCAUGCGCCGUGAUAAUCCUGUUAAUAAAACGCAGCUUGUCCUGACACUUCGCUCAUGCAGCAAACUAGAAUUUAAUGUGAGCGGAGGUGGCAUUAGGCAGGGUAGAGGGGAGGAAAAGCCUUUCCCUCUCUGCUGCUGGACGCGAAAAUGUGGUUACGUUUCACCUGCCUCUCCGGCUGCACAUGGCGCCGAUCCUCUUGGACUGCUAAUACUUCUCCAGUGAGCCUGCUAAUGAUUUCUUUCCCUGGAGUGAGCAGGCAUCAUUGAAUUACCGAAAGCACUCGCAGCAGCAGCAGCAGCAACAGCAGCAGCAGCAGCAGCAGCAGCUCCAAUGCAGAAGCCACCAGGGCUCCGCACUUAAUCAAAUCAAGGGAAUAUAAAAUUGUGAAGAAAAGCGGUGAUUUUUAAGAAGACGUCAUGCUUUCUGCAACUCCCCUGUAUGGCAACGUUCAUAGCUGGAUGAGCAAUGAAAGGGUCCGCAUGUGUGGAAUUAAUGAAGACAGGAAAAUUCCAGUUAAUGAUGGCGAUGCACCGAAAAGCAGACUGGAGUUGAGGGAAGAAAAUCACCUGAAUCACAGUGUGGUGGAUGCGACUACAGCACAUCGCAUUGACAGUCUCGCAGCUCUGAGUAUGGACAGGUCUGGCCUCAUGCGAGAAGGACUCAGAGUCCCCAGUAUCUAUUCCAGCUUGUGCGGACUUGGCUCGGAAAAAUCACGGGAUGCUACGAGUUCGAUAGCUGGCCUCGGAUUUACUCCUGAAAGAAAUCCAGAGAUACAGUUUAAGUCUAAUCCUCCCGAAGCGGUAGAAAGCGCAGCUGUCUCUGGAAAAGCCCCGAAUGGCUUCAGCGCUAUUUACAAAACGCCACCUGGAAUACAAAAAAACUCUGUCCCGACGGGGGAGACGCUGGGUUUGGACCGAGCUGCGGGUGACAGGCAGAGUCCUCUCGGUGUCAAUGGUGCUAGUUACCUAAGGCUCCCCUGGGUAAACCCCUAUAUGGAGGGCGCAACGCCUGCCAUAUACCCUUUCCUUGACUCACCAAAUAAGUAUUCGUUGAACAUGUACAAGGCAUUGCUACCUCAGCAGUCCACCUACAGCUUGCCACAGCACCUGGCUUACUCACCUGUAUGUACGAACGGUGAACGUUUUUUAUACCUGCCUCCCUCCCACUACGUUGCUCCUCACAUCCCUUCGUCGCUGGCGUCGCCCAUGAGGCUCUCGACUGCUUCGGCUUCACCGGCAAUCCCACCUCUGGUGCACUGUCCGGAUAAGAGCUUGUCGUGGAAGAUGGGUGUGAGCCCAGGCACCCCUGUCGACACGCACGCCUACCCCCACAUCCAGAGCAGCAAGCAGUCCCGCGUCCCCGCUGCCAAGCCGGCCCCUGCCAACAUGCCGGCAGAUCCCGCGCUCCUGCUGCCACACUCGCCCCGGCCGUCCCCCCGCCUCCCUCUGCCCGCCCAGGUGGGGGAUGCCUACACGGAUUUCCACAAACACUUCCCUAGGAUCACCACCUCUCCCUCCUCCGCUGUUACUCUCCCAAAGCCCUACGUGAACGUUGGUGGUGAAUUUCCACCCUCUCGCCUCUCCAAUGGGAAGCUUCCCAAAGGCAGCGAUGCUGGUGAGGCACCCCCACCAUCUGCUCCCCAUGCACGGAAAGCUGGCCACGACCGGAAAGACGGCAGGUCUCCCCCGCUCCUGGAAAAGCAGACCCCAACUAAAGAUGUCACCGACAAACCCCUGGACUUGUCGGCGAAAGUGGUUGAUGCAGAAACUGCUGGCAAGUUGGACCAUGGUAAGAAAAUUAUGCCAACAGUGCUGGUGCAUGGAAGAGCAGGAGGGGGGACGCACUUGCCUGGCAGUGACAUCAUUCAGAAAGAAACCAUUUCUCCCGGGAACAGCUGCCCCAUCUACAGGCCUGAAAUUAUCAGCACGGCACCAUCCUCCUGGAUUGUUCCUGGUCCCAGCCCCAGCGAGGAGGCUGGGAAGAAUGUCCAACUGAAAAACAAGGCACUGGACUGGGUUAUCCCACAGCCGCGGAGCUCCUCCUGCCCCAGGAUGGGUGGCACGGAGGCAGUCGUGGGCAGUGUUUCGGGGACGGUGUCAGCGGGAGGGCGGCCAGCGUCAGCAUCACCAGCUCCCAACGCCAACGCGGACUGUCCCAAGGUGGCUCGGAGCUCUGCGGAGAGCACUGCCUCAGUUAUCCAGCACGUUGGGCAGCCUGUCGCCACCCCUGCGAAACAGAGCAAUAAGGUGGCCAAAUCCUGUGGCCAGGAAGCCAACUUCAAGGCGAGUGAGACUGCCCUGGCCUCCAGCCCCAUCUUUCUGCCACCCAACGAGGCGUUUCGCUCUCCACCUCUGCCCUACCCCAGGAGUUACCUCCCGUACCCGGUGCCGGAAGGGAUAGCCAUCAGCCCUCUCACCCUCCAUGGGAAAGGACAUGUGUAUCCACAUCCUGUCUUGCUGCCCAACGGCAGCCUCUACCCCACUCACCUUGCUCCCAAACCUGGCCUCCCCUACAGCCUGCCAGCAGGGCGGGGGGAGUUCAUGACCUACCAGAACGCACUGGAAAUGGGGAUGGUGCACCCCAUGCUGCUGCAGCAUUCAGCUCUGGAGAUCAGUAAGGAGGAGAAGCCAGAAAGGAGGUCACGUUCUCACGAGAGGGUCCGAUAUGAGGACCCGUCUCUGCGGGGCCGGUUGCCAGAGCUCCUGGAGAGUGGCGGGAAGAUGCAUUUCGAAAUGCCCGGUGACAAGAGCAUGAAAUUGCACCAGAGCUCUGGCCAUAAUAAAAACUCGGCAAAAAGCGACAAACACCUCUUCCCGGAUCUUCUCCGAGACGAGCAAGAGGCUAAAAGUGAAGCAAACAUAACAAAAGCCAGCUUUGCCACGGAAAGCAGUAAUCAGACUAAUGACCCUACAAAGCACAAGGUAGAGCAGGCGCCGCAGCACAGAGAUUUUAUUGUAAUGAGAGAGGAGUUUGGAAGAAAUAACGAUCUUCAUGAAACCUAUAAUUUCAAGCAGGCCCAGAGUUCAUCAGUGUUCGGCUUAAGGAAAGAAGAUUUGUCUGUGAGCCAGCCUAAAGAGAGAGUGGCGGUCCAGCCUUCGCCCGUUUUCUUGGAAAGCACUCACGAGAGUGAUGCUCCAGCUCUGGCUUUUGGCAAGGUGCAGGAGGACGCGAAGCCAUUCUGCAUGGGGACCGCGCCGCCGAGCAUCGACACCAACCAGACCUAUACCAAAGACGGAGCCGAUGAUGCAGAAUCUGCCGAUGGCAAAAUACUGAAGCCCAAGCCGUCUAAGUUGGCCAAGAGGAUCGCAAACUCUGCCGGUUAUGUAGGUGAUCGAUUCAAGUGCGUGACGACUGAACUGUACGCCGACUCCAGCCAGCUCAGCCGGGAGCAGCGGGCGUUGCAGAUGGAAGGAUUACAAGAGGACAGUAUUUUAUGUCUACCUGCUGCUUACUGUGAGCGUGCAAUGAUGCGCUUCUCAGAGUUGGAGAUGAAAGAGAGAGAAGGCCAAACAGCUACCAAAGACUCAGAGGUCUGCAGAUUCAGCCAGGCAGACUGGGAAAACUUGAAAGGAAACAGUGAAAAGAAGCCAAAGUCUGUCGCUCUGGAAGAUGCCAUUGCUGACCAAAAUGACAAUGACAGAUGUAACUUUACUAGUACAGAAAACACCCGGGGUCAUUUUCUUGAAACUCCAGAGGAAAAAGAUCUCUCAAGUGAGAAAUGUUAUUUAGAGAGACAUUCUGUAUAUGAAAAAGCGGAAGACCAGCCAACAGAAGAUAUUGGCCAACAUUCAUGUCCACGUCUGGACAGGAAGCGUAAACACUCUGGUGAGAGAGUGCAAAAUGAUGGCAGCCAAAAUGAAAGCUUUGUGGAUGAACAGCAGGAUGAAGUUAUAUCAAGAGCAAAAAAGAAGAAGAACUCCAAAGAUGACUGGCCUGAGAGGGAAAUGACAAACAAUUCCUCUAACCACUUAGAAGAGCCCAAUUGUAAUGAGGUGACCAACCUGAAGGUGUGCAUUGAAUUAACAGGGCUCCAUCCCAAAAAGCAGCGUCACCUGCAGCAUCUUAGGGAACUAUGGGAGCAGCAGGUGUCACCAGAGAGAUCCCCGUCCGGCAAGUUGGGCCGGCAAAGCAGGAAAGAUUUAGCUGAGGCUGUUCAGCCAGAGGCCACUGCAAAGGUCAAAGACUUCACAGAAGAAAGGCACACCAAGAAAAGGUCAGAGGCCAAAAGCAAUAGAAGUUGGUCUGAAGAGUCCCUCAAAACAAGUGACAAUGAACAAGGCUUGCCCGUAUUCCCGGUGUCUCCGCACAUGAAGAGCCUUUCAUCCACCAAUGCAAACAGCAAAAGGCAGGCUCAGCCAAGCUGUACUCCAGCCUCGAGGUUGGCUGCCAAACAGCAGAAAAUUAAAGAAAGCCAGAAGACAGAUGGGCUGUACACAGACGAAGAGGAGGAUUUCCAACAUGCAUCUCUGCUGCAGAAAUACAGCGAGUGUGAGAAGCCAUCAGGGAAACGUCAGUGUAAAACAAAACACUUGGCACUGCAGGAGAGGAGAAGGAGGUCAUCUCUGACAGGGGAUGACACCACAGAUAUUGAAAAUGCUGAAGAUAAGGUAAUGGUAACGAGGAAAGUCAGGAAGCGACCGGAGCCUACUUCAGACUGCGACUCCUCGCCAGCCAAGCCGUACGAGCAGAAGCCGUAUGAUCGCCUGCAGCAGACUCCCUCAUUACUACCCGUCUCACAGCCCUCGCAGCUGCCGAUUGCCAGCCCCCCUCAGGAGACCACCCCGAGCCGGCCGAUGCCGCCCGAAGCGCGGAGGCUCAUUGUCAACAAGAACGCAGGGGAGACGCUGCUGCAGCGGGCGGCGCGCCUGGGGUACGAGGAAGUGGUUCUGUAUUGUUUGGAAAACAAGGCGUGUGAUGUGAAUCAUCGUGACAACGCGGGUUACUGUGCCCUGCACGAGGCCUGUGCCAGAGGCUGGCUGAGCAUCGUGCGGCAUCUCCUCGAGUACGGCGCCGAUGUCAACUGCAGCGCUCAGGAUGGAACCAGACCAAUCCAUGACGCCGUCGAAAACGACCACUUGGAAAUCGUCCGCCUGUUGCUGUCUUAUGGUGCUGAUCCAACACUUGCAACCUACUCUGGGAGGACCAUCGUGAAAAUGACCCACAGUGAGCUCAUGGAGACCUUCCUCACAGAGUAUUUAACUGACCUGCAAGGUCGAAGUGUUGAUGACCCUGGUUUGUACUGGGAUUUCUAUGGCAGCUCUGUGUGCGAUCCGAAAGAUGAAUCUGGAUUUGACGUCUUGGCAAAUCCUCCUGGCCCAGGUGAUGAAGAUGAAGAUGGAUUUAGCGAUGUGUUUGAAUUUGAAUUUUCAGAUGAGCCUCCCUUGCCGUGUUACAACAUUCAAGUGUGUCUCUCUCAGGGACCACGAAACUGGCUUUUGCUCUCGGACGUGGUGAAGAGGCUAAAAAUGUCGUCUCGCAUCUUCCGCUGCAACUUCCCCAAUCUGGAAGUCGUCACCAUCACGGAGGCAGAGUUUUACAAACAGACUUCCCUCAGCCAGUUGUUCUCUUGUGCUACGGACCUUGAAGCAUUUAACCCAGAGAGCAAAGAGCUGUUGGACUUGGUGGAGUUCACAAGCGAACUCAAGACUUUGCUCGGCUCCUCGCUUCACUGGUUGCAUCCGCACGAGGACCCUCCCUUUGACAUCCUCUGGUGAACCAUCAGGCCAUUUAAUGUACAGUGCUCUAUACAGUUACUUCUUUAUUAUGUAUAUGUGUUCAAAUUAAAUUGUUUCUGUAAAGAAAGGACACUAUUAAAUAUGAAAAUAUCUUUUCCUUUAUAUAAGAGAUCUGAAUUCCAGUUGGAUGGAUUUUGGAAAAAUUUUUUUUUAACUUCAAUCAGUUUUUACAAAAUUGUUAUAUAAUGUUUCUUUAAAUGCACACAGGCUUUGGGAUAAGUUUGUUAUUACUCGGAACACACUUUAUUUUUAAAGAACACACCCACACAUUGACUUUGUUUCAUACAAAGCACUGAUUACACAGAACAUACUUUUUCUAGGUGAUGUGAUCAAAGUCGUGUGGCUUGUUUGGGAGAUAGAAUUUGGUAAGGCACUUGGUUAUAUUAUUUUUGUUUUUUUUGUUUACAGAAUUACCUGCUUUGGCCAGGUAAGCACUAUUGAAUAUAAUUCAAUAGUUUUAAAUAUAAAUUAAACCAUAUCCAUACGCAUCAACUAAUUGUAAGAACUUUUAUAUCCUAAUUUAAAAGCUGUGAAAUUUAGUUUUCACACAUCAAACCGGAUUGUUUAUAUAUGUUUAAACAUUUUAUGCUCUUUAUUUAAAGAAGACUUUGAACUAUUUUUUCUGUACCUUGUAAAAUAUUGAAAAACUAACAUAUGUUGAAGUUGCUUGAAACUGUACAUAAACUAAAUUUUCUGAAUUGUGUGUUUAUGUUUGAGAUCUGUGUUUUAACUUUGUAAGUAAAUCUUCUGCCUUUGUAUUUAUAUUUUACAAAAAUUUUCUUAAAGGCAAUAAAACUGUUGAGAAAUGAAG